UUCUGGUCUGUGAAUUUUACAAUAUGCCGACCUCCGACAUGCUGCUGACUGCGAUAUUUUGCCGGCGCCCACCUAUAGAUCGUUUCAUCCGCUCGCUCCCCACUGCUCUGCCUUUACGACGAGCAAGACGCCGCAACAACUCAAGACCUCUUUCUUUGCCGCCAUGAUGAAAAGGAAAGCAGGCAGAGCGAUCGAUCUUGAGGCAUUCAAGAAGCGCGCUCGACAGGAGAUAGCGCCACAACCUCUCAGCUCUGAGGAUAUCAAGAGAGCCCUAAUAAAAUCCAGUCAUGACUCCUACAGGUUUACAAUGGAGCAAUGGUCAUACUUCUCGGAAAAUGUCCUAGAGAAGCCGAUGGCUGAGCAACGUUUUACAGAGGCACCUACGACUUUUCAGAUUAAGCUUUUCCUUGAAUGGUUUGCUCAAUCCCGCACUGGACUCUUAGAGGACUGUAUCACCGACACCACCCUCCUUAACCGCUUGAAUAGUCUAAAGCGUGCCAUCAAAAUCCACACGCGUUACCAAUACACACCAUUCCAGAACCAGGAGAUCAUCAGCUUCGUCAUGAAGGAUCUUAUCCCACAAGGCCUCCUAUCAACAAUUGCUCGCUCUAAGCCUCUAGCGCCUAUCGAAGUUGCCAAAGAUAUUAUCAGAUUCCUCUUCGCUAGCGAUGAGUACAAGCAUCUACACCCUCGCAUACGUAAUCAGAUAGCUUUUGCUAUCCAACUUUUGCUUUUUGUUGGCGUUCGGCCUGGAGAAGUAGUUGAGUCAGAUGCGUGGUAUCGAACAAACGAGGGGCUACUCUACAAGGAUAUCGAACUUGUCCGCUCGUGGAAUACUGAGCAUCCUGGCUGGCGCUUUCAUGUUGCGGUAUCAGACUGCUGCAAUAUACGUUGCACAUGAGCCUCAAUACACACGGUUGUAACGGGUCAUGUUUAGCACGUUUCAAGUCAUGUAUAUACCGUCACCUCCUAGCUAGAUAUCAACACAGCGCA